CAGAUCGGCCAGAUGGAGGGGCAGCGGAUCAGCCGGAUCGGGUUUAGAUCGGAUGUGUGGUCGCUGGUGGGGUGUUUGUUAUUGUUUUGAUUUGUUGGACGACGUUGUCGUAGUGAUUAUGUUCCGAGUGCGUUAAGAUUAUCCAAGUACCGUACCGUACUCAGUUGUGUCACUUUUGCACGACAGUUUGGAAGGACGGGAACAAUGUUCACGCAAAAGAGCGGACAACUUCCAGAAUCCACCCUCGGCCAGUUCCUUGGGCUGACCUCAGGUUAUUGAAGUAGUGACUUCGGAGCGUCACACUUUUCACCUGCCAGGCAUUUGGGAACGCGCUGGAAACUGCUUGAAGCUGUGUACGACACAAGGUCAUGGACAUCUCCUUGAGAAGAGAUUUCUACAAGAGGAGGCGAUGCAGGCUGUUGGUCCUGCUGGUCCUGCUUGGCUAUGCGGUGGUUUUUGAGUGGCUGGUCUACCUGGUGCACCCGCUGUGGAACUGGCCCCGCCUUCCCGCCCACAACGAAGUCAGCGUGCGUCUGCUCCUGGUCGCUGAUCCCCAGCUUCUGGGGAGGGGGAACACCGCCCCCGGUUCCCUGGGCUACGUCGUGCGCUGGGACGCAGACCGGUUCAUCCGCAAGACGCACGAGCUGGCCCACUACUACUUCAAGCCAGACAUCACCAUCUUUCUGGGGGACAUUUUUGACGAGGGCGAGAUCGCCAACGACAGGGACUACUGGUCCUAUGUGCAACGGUUCCUGAGCGUCUUUUCUUCCGUCAGGUUUCAUCAGUCUGUGAUUGUGCCAGGUGACAACGACAUUGGCGGGGAGGUGACCGCACCCCUGGAGAAGCGAAUUCGGAGGUUCAACUCCUACUUUCGCAACGAUUCCAUCACCACUUAUGGUGGGGUUGAUUUUAUCAAGGUGAACUACCUGACCAAGUCCUAUGCUUACCGCUCCCACCUAAGGCAGCUGGGCAGGAACCUGCGAGUGGUUCUGUCGCACAUGGCUCUGUCUUCCACUUACGGACUGUAUGGCAAGGAAGCCACGUCCCUGUGGCGUGUUCCUUGGCAGGUGAUGACUGACCUGGACCCCGAUUUGAUUUUUGCGGGACACCGGCACGUGUCGGAGCAUGUGGCGGUCCGUCGGCGGGACGGCUCCGUGGAGUCGCUGCGGCUGAGCUUCACGGACGACCGGGUGGCGGUACGGCUGAACCUGUCGCGGCAGCUCGUGCACGAGAUCGAGGUGCCCACCUGCUCGUACCGCAUGGGCACUCGCAACGUCGGCUUCGGAGCGGCCAUCAUAGAUCCCGACCGGACGCUGACGUAUGGAGUGCUCUGGUCUCCCGAUCGGCUACUGCACCUGACGAGUCACGUUGUGGUGCUCAUUGCCAGCGGCCUUGUGCUACUGCUUUGGGCGGGGAUCCUGCACAAGUGCGCAGCCUGCAUCGGCGUCAGGACCUGCAACGCGGGGGUGUGAAGGUGCGACCCGUGACCCGGGACGGAGCGGGUCGCUUCCAUGAAUCGUGCCUCGGUCUUUUGAGCCGCCUCCUCGCCACGAGUGGGCGGACUCCUGCGAGAGCAAGCUGCAAUACCUCGCAUGCAGAGAUAAACUGGAGACGCACGGUCAUUGGGUGUUGUCGACAGUAGCGAGAGACAAAAGGCCAAGUUCGACGGCUACGGUACUCUGGAAGGACUAGCGGCCACUGACGGGCAAAAAUCCAAUUUUUCUAUCAAGUAAUUUAGGUUUUCAUAGAAAAAAAAAAAGACAGACGUUUACGAUUCUCUGUAAUGCCGAAAUAGGGCGCAGCUCUUGAGGAGGAGGAGGAGGGUCACAUGUGACAUCAGACGUGACGUCACAUGUGACGUCAUGAGGGUAAAAUUUUCCCGCUAAAUGUAGCGGAAACAUUUCCCCGCUAAGUUGAGUGUAAAAAUUUACCUGCUAAAUUUAGCGGAAAAAUUUUCCCACCAAAUUUAGCAGGAAAAUUUUGCCUUUGUCACGUCACACGUGACGUCACGUCAUUAUGGGAAACGUUUCAUGAUGCAGUGCGUGGUUACGCUGACGGCGACGCCGCUCAAGCUGGAAACGGGUGCUUAAGAGCUGCGCUUUAAAACAAAGAAAUUUCGGAAGCAACACAAUAUGUAUGAUGCUGAGGCCACUAAAAGUCUCAUGCCCUGAUUUCGCUGCUAAGAAUGGCAAUUUCUGAGAAUAGUUAUUUAUUUAAUGGUACAGUGGCUCUCCACUGAAAGCCACAGCAGGAAUGGGAUCACUGUUAAAAAUACGGGAGAAAAUAAACGUAUGAACACCAUUCAUCAUUCAGAAAUGAUUAAGUGAGACAGACAUCGAUCCACCACGGGUACUCACUGCAGUCACCAGCGACUCGUAAGAACCGUAGGGUGUGGCGGGUUAUGAGAAUCUCAUUAAUUCUCUGCAGCCAAUGAGAUUGCUGCAUUGACCGACAAGAACACCGAAGAACCAAUCACAAAGUGAGAGGCGUGAUUGUAAAAAGCUAUGCCCCCGCUCUUCUUCGGCUGUCUGUGGCUGUAGAGUGCCCCAACGCCUGUCCGUCUCAUCAUAAUUGCGGUCAAUUAAAUAGACCUUCAAAAAUUGUUAUUUUCAGCAUUGAAGAGGGACAGACUUUGAUUGGACCCUAUGUCAUAUAUAAGGGCGUUAUUUUCUAAAGAUAUGUGGUUUCAUAAUAUUAUUUUUAUAGCGAGCUUACUUUAAGGGAAGCCGAAGCGGUUUUGUGUUUUGAGGAAACACACUUAAAUUGCCUUCAUUUUACCUCCAAAAUCUUGAAUGUCGAAAUUGAAUUUUUCACUCAGGUGCAUGGAGGAUGCAGAAAAUUAUUUUCAAAGUACCGCCGAAGCUCCUUCUUCCUGGAGUGUGACGUCGUAAAAGGAGUUUUUGGAAUCUCCGCUCUCGCGCAUCUUCAGCACCUAUCAAAGCUAUGCACGCGCACUCUUGCUAUUUUAGAAAGGUAAAAAAAAGACGUCACGACUGGUGCCAGUGCGGGGGAAUUUAUCUGGCAAGCUUGCCAUUGCAAGCUCUGCCCACACAAGCGACGCACGCUUUGCGGCCGAAAAGUCCUCUUUUGACGUAACAACUGGUCGGAGGUCUUUUCGCCUUUUCUCGCGUUUAGUUACAAUCUUCGGGGAAAGCGAAUGUAAUAUUGAGAUUCGAGGGAUAAAACUAUGCUAGAGUCAACCUCUACCUGAUUUUUUGAAAGAAGCGUUUCAGCUUCCCUUAUACAAUAAGAAAACAUGAUCGUUGCCUGUCAGUGACCCUUUAAGAUUUAGUAUUUGUUUUUGCCCGUGUCCUGGGGUAUGUGCACUUGAGAGAACAUCUGCAUGGGCAAUGUCCACAUUAGUGAGUGACAGUUUAACAUUUCAAGUUCGCCCAACGACACUUUGUUGACGACAUUUGGUGGACGGUAUAGUCUUUUUUAGAGAAAGAUGUGUUUGGAAUUGCAAAUGCUUUUACUAGCCUGUUUUUUAUGCAACGUGAGAGCUUCUCGAAUGGCUUGUGCGGCGAUGAGUGCAGUGGGAAUGUAUCUACUACAUGAGGGAACUUCCCAAUGGGCAGUGUCCAGAUUAUUGAGUGACAUUUGAGCCAUUCAAAUUGUCCCAACAACCCUUUUUAAAAACAUUCAGUGGAUAGUAGCAGUCUUUUUAGUAAACUAAGCUUUUUAAUUAACCCUUUUUUUUUCUUCAAGUUUUGGAUUUAGUCAAAGCAGAAGCUCUAAAGGCAUUGUGAAUUAUGCUUUUGUUUUUAAAAUAGCUUUUUAGCAUUUUUCGGUUUUAUUUUCACGCUGUCACAGUUUUUGCAAAGACGUGGUUUCAACUCGCAGCAGCCGGAUGUUGGGCCUAUCCACUGCUCCUCGCUCUACCGGUUUUGCGCUGCGCAGAGAAAAGUGUGCCUCCAGGCACAUUAAUACAUACAACAUGCAUACUUUUGUGUAUUGUAAGACUUACAAAUACAGCUUUAUCACAGUGUGUUUGCACUUAAGACUCUAAAACAGGACAUUUUUGAUUCCUGUGACGAAGAGCAGAGCUAGAUACUACACCAAAGGACACUAACAGUACGGAAGCACAGGGCGAGACUUGGUGCUGUAAGGUGGAAUUGUAGCUGGACAAAACAAGGCGCCAAAGAAUAAUAAUGUGCAGGUUUGGGCUCAAAACCUCUCGCAGUUUUCUGUCCCUCUGCACAGUUUCUCAGGAGUGGCUAGCGGUGACCAUUGUUGACAUGCAAGAGGCUCCAGAAACACGGCGUACUGAGAUGUCCAAUUGGAGAAUGAGGCUAGAGCUCCUCAAAAAGGCAUGAGCCAUGCAGUAUAACUAAAAGCCUAGCUGCUCAAGAGCGAAAUUCGUGCCGAAACACUAAACCCCAUGUUGAGUCCCCAGAGUAGCUGACUCUUUAGGUUCACACAUUGAACAUUAUAUCAUUCCUCUUUUGCAAGUCGCUACAAUUGGCUCUACUUAUGCUUUUUUUCUUUGGAAGCUUAGUCUUGCUUUAUAAAAAGACUGACAUACAUUGUGACAAAUAUAGUCCCGAGCCUAGUUUACAAAAGUGCAAAGAAGGGGUGCUCAUGCAGAAGCAGUGUUUUACCAUUGUGUUUGGCAUUACUGUUUUUAUAAAAAUGAUUACUAGAUUAAUAUAUUUCUGUUGCGACGUGGGGGUAGUGAACGUCUUUAUCCGAGGCUACAGAAACGCCAAAACAGAGUAACGUACAUUUGGCAUGGCUGUUGGGAAUCACUCUUCACUCGUACACCUGUUUCUCUAUGUGUGGGUCAGGUGAGGCUAUACUCCUUUUGUUUGGUGCCUUUCGUUUGGUUACCUCCUCCUCCCUCCCCGCUCCCCUUUUAGGCCUAAGAGACAGCCCUUUCUAAAUAAAGUAUUUUCAUCAUCACUCCUUUCGUUUACAUCUGGCUGCAAUAUUCAGCUCCUAAAAUACUCGUCUUCAUAGCACGAGUUCUAUGCAGCAUAAAGCUCAUUGUUGAUAGUGAUAAGUACUGCAGCAUUAAGCACUCUCAGCUAUAUAUUUACAUUUGACUAAACAUCUUUGGUAUACUGCUGUUUUAGUUGUACUUUUAGCCAGUCUUCUUUACCAUACUUCCUCAGUUACCCCCCUCCCCUGAGCAGACAGCGACUUGCCCCAAUCAGGCCCACACUUCUCCCGGCUAUCCCUUUUUUUCUCCGGACAAAGUGAGCAAACAAUUAACCUGACAUAAACUAAAUCCUUUGUCGCAAGCCUGUACAAGUUCCAUACAGUACCUAAUUGUGUGUCAAAAGUGAAAUUUCUAUUUUUAUCUAUUGCCCGUUGUAGAUGUCUGAAAGCAUAUCUUUGAAGCCUGAGAAUUGGCGAUCGAGAUAUUGCCCCCUUUUUUUUAGCAGUCUUCUGUGUUUGCUUCGAACCAGCAUCACCAAAAACUAACCAUUAGGCUGCUGAAUGUGCCACAAAGAAUGCGUUGACGUCACGCUUGUCGUGCUUUUCUAAUACAUUACAUAAUUCCAGUCAGAGUGGUGGAAAAAAUCCGCAGAACGACGUCGCUCAUCUGGGGAGUGAUUCUCGGGAGCUAUGCCAAACGUACCCUUCUGACGAUAGGGGCUAGCAAUGCUCAAUUUGGCUCCACCUGCGGUCUCCACAAACUUUGCGAUUUCCCAGCUUGGCGCAAAGUGCAUAGACUGAGACCCAAGCCUAGCAUUCCGGCCCCAGCCUGGGCCAGAACCUUUUUUAUGAACUGUCGGGCAUGCUGGUAUAGGGCUGUUCUUGCUGAUAUUGUCCGAGAGAGUACAUCUUUUUAUGGUAAUAUGCUAUGCUGCAUAUCUGGAGUGCUGGUGAAAGAUGUCUUUUAUGAACACUGUUUUCUUCUAUAUUUACUUUAAGGUGGUUUUACGGUUUUACACACUUUUACUAACUUUCUCGUACAAGAUUGUCAUCUUUAUACUCUUUCAUGUAGAUGUUUUUCACAUUGGCAUCUUGAAUCGCAGAAUUUUCUGUAGGGGGAAAAUGUGGUUUUGCAUUGCUACUGUUACUUAGGUAUAUUCUUUUUUUUGCCUCUUCUUUAUUGUUUUACUUAUUCCAAGUUGUAAUAUCUUGCCUUCUUUUUUUGUUCUUUGUACCCGAUAUGGGAACUAUGUGGCUGUAAGGUCAAGAGUAAACCAGAAAGAUCUAUACAUUUAAACUUGAAGCCUUCACAUGUUUUAGGAAGACGUAUAUAUUUCUUGAGUGUAGCAUGAUCUGAUGUAAUGCUCUCAUAGUUGGAAGAAAUAUGAAUGGUGGAACACUAUUUAUCCCUUUCAACAGCACUUGACUGAAGAGGUAUGCGUGCAAGUGCAUGCAGAAGUUGAGACACAUAAGCGAACCUUAAAGCUCUGAUAUAUUGAACCUAUCACCACAGUGUGCAAAAGAAUGGCAGUCCCACAUCCAUGUUUCUUUUGACCAUGAGAGCACCCCUAGAAUGCCUGUGUUGCAGACAUUUGUGCAAAUUUGGCAGUUAGGUUUUCUCCGUGAUUAGCUAUUUCAGCCCUUCCCUGGUGUGAAACAAUAAAUGAUUUGACCAUUAUGCAUGAUUUAGGAAUAACCAUUUUAGCACCACCCUGUAACAUUUUUAAUGUAAAAGCAUAUGUAAAUGCCUGUGCUGUACCAUUUUGUACCCUUUCUGGUUUGCAAUAUAUUUGCAAUUGAAUACCAAGGCCCUCAUAUAUGAGUACUUUGUCAACCCUUUUCAGUCAUCAAGUGUCCCAGGUGCAAGGUUGACCCCGAGUGAAGCAAAAGAUGCUGCGCGCAUGAGCCUUGUAUGGUUGUGAUUUGCAAAAUGUGUUUCUUAUAAAAGUAUAGAUUGUUAUAAAUGGGGCUUCUCAUGGCUGGUUUGUACUGUACUCGGGCACUUGAGUGGACCCAUGAUGGUCAAACAUUAUGCAUUUACUUGUUCACGUUCACACAACCCGUGUCGACGAUAGCAGUAAUGUGGGAGAAAGGUUACCCGAAGAGGCUAAUUCAGUGAUAAUUGUGUUGUGGGGGUGUUUACACUGACAGUGCAUGAUCUCAACUAUAUAGCAGGUUGCAUUUGUGGCUUUAUUUGCAUGGCAUGAAAGUGGUAACACCAGGCUUCUGGAGAGCUCCGAAACAAUGUUGUAUUCUUUCAUUGUGGCAAAUCUAAAUGGAAGUGUUGUUGCGAUGGCGCUGCUACCAUUAAAAAAAACGAAUUAAUAUUUUUUUUUUUUUUCACUUUUUCUCAAUGGUGAUGGAUGUCCUGAUGGUGGAUUACCCAUCUGCCUUACACAUUUUAAGUAAUAAACUGCUCAUUUAAUUUGG